GUUCUCGGUCCUCGAUUCGUUUCUUUUCAAUUCUCUUAUCGAAAAACCACCAAAACCUUGCUUUUUACAACUUCAGCUGGGGAGAUUAUCACGAAUACCUAGCUGCUACCCUAUUUAAGGCAUCUCCUGAAAGAUCACCGCCCCUUUAUUUGGGAUCUGCUUCGACUCGACCCGACGUCACUUUUCCUAUAUCCAGCGCAUGGGAUUUCGCUGCGGUUUCGUUUAAUUCUCGAUUUCGAAUUAUCAUUCUAUAGCCAUCACCCAUAAUGGCAGGCCUUUUUUCUCGCCUCAAGGGCAAGGAUGGCAAGUCCAAAAAGAAAGGCGCAAACGAUUCUGCACAACAGCUACCACAAAAACCACAAUGGACAGACGCCUGGGCACGCACAUAUGUUGAGCCUGAAGAAGUUCACGAGCUGAUCCGAUGUUGCACAGAAGAGCUCAAAGCUCGAGGUCUCGAUCACCCUUUCCUCUUAUUGCCAUACCGUCCCACCUCCGAUCCCAGCGCUGUUCGUUCCUUUAUUCGCCAUUUCUUCGAAUCCCAUGCCAAUUUACGGGGCGAACAAUUGACACAAGAACUCCGCAUGACAGAACCUAUGGUGGUUUCUGGAGUUGCCAAGUGGUGCUGGAGUCGCAUCCAGGGGGGUAUCGUUGGUUGGGAUGCGUAUGAACUGUUCAAAGUGGGAGAAAUUGACUCGAACAUGGCCCGAGACUCUUUCAAGACGUUCAUUCCUAUCAGUGUUGAGAAUGGUGCCCGUCAGCGCAUUAUCUUUGACUUCUUCGACCUACUGGCCGCUGUUGCAGCGCACGGAAAGUCCAAUGGCCUGGGUGGACGAAAGCUUUCACGAAUGGCAGCAUGGUGGGCAUUCGAACAUAAAGAUACUAACAAGGGUUUUGAAGGAGGUUAUGAUGCUUGGCUUCGUGCCGCCGAUGCCACAAGCCAUAUGUUCUUCGCUUUCCUCAGAUCCCUCUCACCCGAGCAAAACGUCACUGGCAUUACGAUGCUUCCCAGAUCCCUCCAGAAACUACUUCAGGAAACCGAGUAUCCUCCUCAACGACCUUCUCUUAUGAUGUCAACCACAAACAAAGUUGUCAUGAUUGUGGAUACUGUAUCGCCAACUCCUUUUGCGCUCCUUCGGAGAGCGAACCACUUCCAAUAUCGUGAUUCGGACCACGCAUUACAAGAGUUUUCCGAGUACGACGACCCUGUGCAGGCUUUGACGGACGAAUGCCGCCGAGUUCUCAAGGCUAUUUCUGGUGCCAAUCAGUCACAAGCUUCAAGCUCAAAGCACUCUACAAGCUUGCGCGACGCCUCCUGGUCACGAUUCGAGGAUAUUGGCUUCUCUUCUACACUGGAUGAGGAUGACGACGACGACGAUAGUGCUUUGACCUACAAACGCCAGCCACCCGCUCUGCGAAGAACCCCUGCGUCUGGUAACGGACUUGGUAGACCGACAACCCCGUCUUGGGCCGACUUUCUUUCUUCGGGAUUCGUGGAUGAAAACCAGCCUGCUCGGUCAAACUUGCUUCUACCCCCUGACAAGGUUCUGCCUCCCCUCGAAACCCAGAGACAACAAAGUUCUCAAUCGCAUCGACCAAGGCUUGAACAUGAUCACUCGCUUGAGCCUGGGGAGCUCGCAAGUAUUGCAACAUUUUUGCUGGACGAUUCGUUCUGGUGGGUUUGGAUGUCCAGUCUUGCCCCUGAGGAGACUGCAGAGCGCAAGUCGGCCUUCGGACGAUGCGCCGUCAUCGAAACCAAGAUUACUAGUGGCCGUUGGCUCGUGAUGGAAGAAAUGGUUGCCGGCGCAGCUCCUGAACCUCAGGAGGGUGCGUAUAUUGCAGAGAAGAAGGGUCUCUUCAGCUGGACAAAACGUGGGAAGGGCCUCGGCCGACGGAAGUCGACAGCCAAUAAGUCAGUCGAGAACAUUGGCCAGGGCACCAGCAAGGCCAGCAUAGGUCCCGAUACUCACGCCAGAAUCCAAGCCAAGGCCGCGCAGCUUCGUGCGCAGGAACAGCAAGGAAAGAAGCUAGCUCAACAGCCCCUGUACCAGCGACGUGGUCGAACUGAUGCCGAGCUCAUGGCAGAGAAGACUAAUAGUGUUCUCACCCUUCAGCCUACAAUCAUUGGCGAGGCUUCAUCAGCAUUGAAGUGGGUUUCCAAGUAUGAUAAGGGAACGAUUAAGGAUCUGUACAUGGCCAACAACAAUGCGGGUCGUGGAACUAUGGUAUCACCAAUUCCAUCUGAGAGCAUGAACGGUGACGCUGCUUCCAACAGUGGCACACAAGCCCCGGAUCAGCCUCCACAGGUGCCCGUUAAGGACGUGGUAUCCCCGAUCACUUCGCCUACUUUCUCGCCCACUUCGAACGAGACAACGAGGAAACCCCUCCCACAGCCAGAACAUCCCGUCGAGGUCCAGCCACAACCUGAGCCUGUUCAGGCACCAACCCCCGAGCCGGUUUCAGAGCCCGUUCAAGAGCCCACGCCUCGACCAGUGCUUCCCGUCAGCCCUCUUAGCCCUGUGCCGCCUCCUAAGGACGAGGCGCCCCAGGACUUGGCUCGUGAGAAUAUGGUUUCUCCUACUCCAUCAAGCCCUGAGAACAAGAAGAAGAAACUUCAGAAGGCAGAAAAGGAGAACCGCGGUUUCCGGAAGUUGUUCCGCAAGAACAGAAGCUCCAAACUGCCUGAUGACGCUGCCGCCAAUGUUCAUGAGUUCCUCCGCCAGACCCAAGCAACGCCAGAACCCCAGGCGCAGAAGCCCCUUACUCCAGCUGACACACCUGAGCCUGCAGCCACUAUCCAGCGUGUCCCAGUGCCUCAGCCCGCACAAACAGAUGAGGCUGACAUGCCUACCCCCACACCUGCUGCUGAGUUUGUGACACCAAUGGAGGAACCUGUGCAGCGAGUCGAUACACCUCAGAAGAACCAGGAUAUCGCGGAGCCCACUAUCGACCAGUCACAGAUAGCCCUCAAUGCUAAGGACUCGGCUCCUGCCCAGAAGGCUAUCCCUCAGUUCAACCAAGGCCCUCUUCAAGACCAGCCAGCCUUUGCUCCUGAUUCGGAUGAUGAAGACGACGCAACGCCUCCUCCUAUUCCUCGAUCGCCCCGCCAUUCCCCCCAGAUUGGAGGCCCAGCGCAGCCUGAGGAGAAGCUGAGUCACAGUGCCGGUCCAGGAGUUCAAGACCGGUGGGCACAAAUUCGAAAGAACGCUGCUGAGAGGGCCGCUACUCGCCCUGAUGAUCAGCUUCGGCCAUCGUACAGUAACAGCAACAGAACUGGAGAUGGCGACGACGAUACAAGUGGAGAAGAGACUAUUGAAUCUCGUGUUGCCCGCAUCAAGGCUCGUGUAGCCGAGUUGACGAACAACAUGGAGGGUACAAAUGGUCCUCAGGCUAAUGCCACCCGCCAUUAGGCCGCUUCCAGCGAGGCGGGCGAUCUCAGCCCAAGGUGGAAUUGUAAUAUGCCCUUCCUUGAUUGCCAGCAUGGACGAAGACUGUCCUUUAUACGAACAAUCGCGACGACGUGACACAUCUACGAGACACAUUUCGCAAUCCUUGCACACGUUUAAUACC